AUGGCCGAACUCAAUAUUGACAAGAAAGAACGAAGAAAAAGCUUCGGCAUGUUCAGCCCGUCCUCAACAACCUCAGCCCCGCCUCUCCGACCCUCUCUCCACGACCGCACCCCUUCCGAUGAUACCUUCACCAGAGACAAGAAAACCCGUCGCAAUUCGGGCUUCUUUGGCCGGUCCCAAAGCCCAAACAGAUGGUCUACCGGUCCUAAUGUCUUUCGCCGACCAGGCACUGCCAACUCCGAAGUUGCGGCUUGGUCUGCGGCCAUGAAUUCUGCGCCCACCCCCACCCUGGAAGUCCCUCGCCCACGUCGCAAGUCGUUGCAGAAGAAGCGGACGUCUGUCUUUGGAUCUCUCAAGUCGCUCCACUCUCUGGAGGAUGACGAUCCUCUCAGCGCCUCCGUCGGUUCGGUGGGAGACGAGCAGGGCGUGAUUAGUCCCCGGAACGGGAUCUGGUCCUCUGCGAUCCUCCACCAUGGCGAAAUUCAAUCGACGGGCGGCAUGUGGAGGAAAAAGAGCCAGUAUCUAGUCCUCACUGACUCGCACAUCGUUCGCUUCAAGAACCAGGCCAAGGCGGCCGACGCUUUUCCUUCCAUCCCGCAUUCAUAUGCUCGGGCUCCAGCGUCGCAUCGGCAGUCUGUUGCCUCAAUAAGUUCGUUGCAGGAUAUGCAGCUCAUGGUCGCAAACGAAUCCUCUGCAGGUAUUCCGUUGAACAGUAUUAUUGCGGUCUACAUGUUGGAGGAUGCGCGACUAUCCCCCACGGUGGAGGUUGCCUAUCUAGAUGAGCGCACACACAAAGCUGCGCUGGUCCAAAUGCAGACAUCCGACCUUCAGGAGCUCAACCUAUGGAUGGUGGGAAUUCGCCAGGCCGCACAGAUGACGCGAGCAAAGGACCCUCUGCCUUUCGACCGGGGCUCGGUUGAGUAUGUAACGAGGAUGCUGGAACACGAACGAGAUUACGACCCGGCUGUAUUCCGAAUGUUCCGGGUCAUACAGAUUGCAUCCAGCAAAUCUCCGACUCGGUCUUCUUCCGACGAUCUUACAAAGUUGUCGCCGACAGGCUGCUACCUCGCCAUUGGACUGCACAAAGUCCAUUUGAUCCCUAUGCAAAAGGCGGCCAAUCGAUCAUCCGCCGUAUCCCUCAACGAAUUGGUGGAUGCCGCCACCUCUUUCGGCCUUAUGAACUUGACCGGCCUGUCCAUGGAAUACGGUGACGACAGUCUGCAUUUGACUUUCCGUAUCCCGCUCAAGAAGCCAUUCAAUGUCUUUUUGGCUUCGGUUCAUUCGGUCGAGGUCGCAUGCUGGAUCCGACAACAUACUGAGUACCUGCGCCCGUUGUGGACACGACAGCCGUACGAUUUCCUGGUUCCACGCGAGCUGCAUAGCGAGGAAUACUUCCCUCCUGUGGCCUUGGAUGAAGACUAUGGCUGCUUUGACCGCACAUUGGUUGCUUACUCGGCUAGCUACAACAUCGAUACUUCCAACAUUCGGUACACCAUUGACCUGGAAUGCGAAGAUGCGCCAUGCUUUCGACUGCUUCGACCGGCAUCUUCGAGGAUCUCUCGAUACAGCGCCCAUGAGCUGAUUGCUGUCAUGCGUGCUUUGCGGUACAAUGAGUCAUUCAGAAGCAUUUCAUUCCGUGGUAUCAACCUGGAUUCCUUGCAGGGCAUUCGUGAUGUCCAUGGUGUGGAUGCGGAUGUUCAUCUUGAUCGGACUGGAUCCCACGUGAAUAUCCCGGGACAAGCCAAUUUGACCGUUCUGUCACAGGAGGUGCGCGCAUUAGCAUUGAAGAGCCAAUGGCUUCGACGACUCGACUUUUCAUACUGCCUCACGCGAACGCCUACCCUGGACAAAGGAAGUCGGGAUCCCGGCUGUGGAAUUCCUGAAGCAAUCUUCCCCGUUUGCCGUCGCGAACUGACGAGUGUUGACUGGGUCGUGCUGAACGGUAUCAAGCUUGGCGAGUCGGAUUUGGACUAUCUGGUUGAUGCGGCAUCGCAGAAACGCAGUCAUCUACGAGCAUUGGAAGUUGGGGAUUGCGGAUUGUCUGUGCACGAUCUGGAUCUGCUGCUGUCAACUAUUGUUGCUCAAGAGUCAACGCUUGAGGCGAUCAAUAUUUCGGGGGUGCAGGGUCGCCUCAAUCCUGACGUUUUGCAGCAGUACAUCGGAUAUUUCAGCCAGAUCCGAAAGAUCAACCUUUCCCGUAUCUCGAGAACAUCUGGCUCGGACCCACUGAUCACAGCAGAAAUGCUGUUCAAUUGGCGGCUCGAAGAGCUGAUUCUCAGUCGAACGGCAGUCAAUCGCGAGACUGUGGACUCAAUUGCAACUUACCUGGCUAGUGACCGCUCCCAAAAUCUUCGCAUGGUUCGACUUGACCAGUGUGGCCUGAGCGGAGAGGAUGUUGCCAUGUUCAUGCACUCGAUGUCUGCUGGCCCAGGCACUCCCCGAAGCCUUCACUUGCAUGUAAAUGAAAAUCGUCUCGACAAUGGUUGUUCGUUCCUCUUUGAUGCCAUUGCAAAGAACAUGACACCUUCACAUCUUUCCAUGCAAAUGAUUGAUUUCAAGAAAGAGGAACAUUUCCGCCAACUAGUUGAUGCACUCCGCAAGAACAGCACCCUUCGAUACUUGGAUAUCUCAAAGGCGUCUCUGCCUUACGAUGCUGGCCCCGAGACCUGCCGGGCACUGCAGCUGAUGUUUGAGGAGAAUGAUACCCUCGAAGCUCUCGAUAUCAGCGGAGAGUCCGCACAUCUGGAUGUCGCACGCUUCGGAAUUGGCCUCAAUCUUGCACUGACUGGUUUGAAGAAGAACACAUCUCUCAAGGUCUUGAGAAUCGAGCAUCAGAAGCUCGGCUUGCAAGGAGCAAAUACCUUGGCAUCUGUGUUGGAAGAGAACGACUCUCUACGCGAGGUACACUGCGAGAACAACGAUAUCAAUCUACAAUCGUUCACAGUGCUGGUAAACGGUCUUCAAUGCAAUCGCACCCUACUCAGUCUAUCAAAUAUGGACCGAGAUCGGCAUUUGUCUCUAGAGAAGGUUCGGCGAGAGGUUGACAACGUCCGCUGGGACGCAAGCAACUCUCAAAGCUCUACAGCAAACUCGAUUCGCCGCUCUUUGCAUCUAUCGAUGGGUGUCAAGUCCAGCCACCGUCUAAGCAAGCACCAACCUGCCAACUUCUCCGCCUCGCCUCUGGAGGCCUCGUCGCUUGCAGCAGGUCACAACGUGGACUUGAUUCUGCAUUCGCUUCAACAAAAAUGGGAUAUGGAGCUUGCCCGUCUGCGCCGAUAUCUCGCUCGUAACUACAAUGUCGCCCACGGCGUCGAGGACCCUGCGACGGACGAUGCAGCUAGUGAUGGCCGACCUGCAACCGCUGCAAGCCUAGGAACAAUGCUCGACAACCUGAAAUUCGACGUCGCUGUAUCCGCAGACGAGGUUCAUGCCUCUCCCCCGAAGAGCCUGCCGCAGCAAUCCAUCUCCCCGCAGAAACUCCCAUCUUCCCAACCGACCGCCGUGACUCCGAGCCCAAGCCAAAAGUCCCAGCUAAGUCGGAACGCAAAGCAAGCCGAAUGA